AUGUGGUCCCCCUUAAUUAUUGAGUACCUUAUAAGCUCGACUUUGGGCUUAGUGUUGGACAAAGCUCGAAAGUCAGCCGCCGAGAAGCUCAAAGACGGCGAUACGACGGACGAAAAAUUACGAGACGUCAUAGUCGCAGAUCUUAACGAUAUCAAGACAAAAAUCGACGCACUCUCGCGAAAAGAUUUGCGCUCAAGUUAUUCCUUUCUGCAAGAGGGGGUGGCAACACUUAAUCUCGCUCUGGACGAAGACGAACAGACAAGUAAAAACGAAACAAACGGUGCACAAAAUAGUGACAGAUCAUCAAGAAUCACAACUGAAAGCGAAAGUGCGUCUGGAGUUCUCAACGAAGCCAUCGCACUCUCACACGCCAUUCAGACGCUCAAUAACACGUCAAAUGGUCGACUUGUUUCUGCAAAAGAAAGCUUCAAAACCGCAAGGGAAGACGCCACUCGAGCAUUCUGUAACGAAGCCUUGAGCUUGCCGGAUAGAAUCAUGGCGGCAAAACUACGUGUCGCCUCGAAGAUUCUGGAAUGUCUUCAAGACACAAAAGUGGCGGCCGUUGGUUGCAUGUUGUUCUUGGAAGAGCUUCAUAGCCUACCAGCAGUCGGAGAAACAUUCUCUAAACAUUUCAAAGGCGGGAUAAAAUCCUUGGUCUACAAAGAUUCACGGUUGGAAAACGUGAGAUCUGUACUCUCCUUAAACUUUGCUACAUCAGAAUUUGUUGCGAGGUUUUCUGGUGAGUUACCUAACGUCAGAAACUGGCCCAGAAUACAUCUGUCUACCAGAAGCGAAACGAUCCACCCGCUAUUUGUCGACCUUGAUGUUGUCAUGGAAAUUUUUGACAUGGAGAAAUUUCAACCGCCAGAAAAUCAAGUAAUUUCAACCGAAAUAGAUUCGUGGAAUUGCCACUGUACAAAUCACCAAGGACAGCUUCUAGGUUCAUACGAAUUUGACAAGCAUGUAAGUAUUUUGAACAGAUCAGGGCAAUUGAAUACGUUCUGUCAUGUUCGACAAGCUACAGAAAAUUUUGAAGGCAACAGCCAAAACGUAGCGGCGUUAGCCAUCGAUCGUUACGACAACGUGUUCGUUAUCAUCAAAUUUGAAGACUGCACUGGAAAUAAAUAUGUGUAUGUUCUGUUCGUUUUCGAUUCCAGUGGCAAUGAGAAAUACGAACGUGUGUUAAAAUUCCUUGAAACGUUUUCACCCGUUAAAUGUGCGGUGGACAACGAUGGCGAUAUCAUAAUCCACCUCCAGUGUAGGGAAGAUCAUCUUUACGUCUGCGACAACAACGGCAAUUUUAAAUGUUACUUGUCACUUGAGCAAAAUGCCGACUACGAAUUAGGAAGCUUCACUUCCCUGGCAUGUGUCACGGACCAGAAAGAAAUAGCAAUGAUGUGCGGAACGACGAAUACCUCUGUGGAUAAAGUGCUUGUUUAUACGAAAGAUGGAAAGCUAAAACGAACGAUAAAGGUCAAGGGCUCGGUGCAGGGCGUAACAUACAACGAUUCCACGUCAAAAAUAGAAAUUUUGGUAAGAAAAGAAUCAAUUUUUGGAAAAAGACAGUCCUACUCCAUUCUUAGCUACAACGAAAAUGACGAAGUUGAAUGUUUGUGUUUACCGGUACACAGAUUGGGAUGGUAUGAAAAGUUUUGCUCGUGUCCUGCAGUGUUUAUCUACUGUAACAGCCCUGGGACAGACUUUAAAGUAAUAUUUAUGUAA